UUGAACACAAAGCGCACAUUUUAACUCUUAUUUACUCAGCUUCUCCGGUAACCUGCUCGCCGACAGAAUACCUAAAAUGGCAGCUCUUAUGCCUAUUGGAGACAUUCCAACAAUCUCCCUGCUCUAUAAACUCAAACGCCUAGUUCCCAACGCUCACCCGCUGAAAUCGCCUUCCAAGGUUCUCAAUGAUACAGUCGCAAUGGUCCGCCAUGAUAUAACGAAGCUUCAAGGUGUUGACUGCAUCGUCAACGCAGCCAAGCGCUCGCUCCUCGGAGGCGGCGGCGUUGAUUACGCCAUCCAUAAAGCUGCUGGUCCCGACUUGCUCAAGGAAUGCAGGACACUAAAUGGCUGCGAUACAGGAGAUGCUAAGAUAACAAAUGCAUACAACCUGCCCAACAAACGAAUCAUCCACACCGUCGGACCGAUAUACAGCGAUGCGAUGCGGCGGGGAAAAGACGAGCCGGAAAGACUGCUGCGGAGCUGCUAUCGGCGGUGUCUUGAGGUGGCUGUUGAGAACGAGAUGAAGAGCAUUGCCUUUAAUGCGAUCAGCACGGGAAUAUACGGGUACCCGUCAAGAGAUGCGGCCAAGGCUGCUCUUGACGAGACGCGCAAGUUUCUGGAAACCGACAAGAACACGGGCCUUCUGGAACGAGUCAUAUUCUGCAACUUUGAGCUCAAAGAUGUAGAGGCUUAUGAACAGUUGAUACCGCUUUUCUUUCCUCCUGCAGAACAUUCUCAGGGCGGGGACGCAGUGGCAGAUGCAGCCACAAAGUCAGGAAAAGCGGGAACAAGGUCAGAAGAUGCAGGCGCCAAUAUUGAAGUGCCCCAUAAUGUAGCUCCGUCAUCACCAAGUGUGCUUGCGAUCUCGCUUCCUGACCCGCCGACAAAGGAGCCCACUUUUGAAGGCCAGCCAGAGAGCAAAAAACAGAAAGUCAGCGCUCAACCUUCUGAGGUGGACCCUGACGAUAGGUCCUUGUACAUCAGUGAGCUCUCGGACCUGAAAAGCGAAGACGAAUGGGAUGCCAUUGAGGCAGCUGAGGCUAGAGCUGGUCGUUUUACAUAUGCAGAGGCGCUUGACGCAGAGCCCGUUGAAAUUGACCGGCCUUCAUCAACUACUGAUGUGCAGAGUAUACAGUCAAGUGGAAUAAUUGAUGAUAUGGUUCACUCGCAGUCGACGGAUGGAUUCUUAGGGAAGGAAUGAUGUCUUACUUGCGUCGUUUUUACCAUGAAAGUAAUUUGGGAUUGGCGUCAAGUUCCUGUUUUUGGGUUCAGCUAAGUUUAUAAGGCUAUCGGUGCUACCGAUUUGUGUAAUGUCUUUUUAGUAUAUCCACAGUACCACCAACGCGAUAUGAUGAAUUUACGUUAAUCAGCCACAUGC